GAGCUGGAACGGCGAGGUCUACGCCGGUUGCGAGGGGGUUCUCGCUUUCUACGAGGCGGCCCACAUAGACCCGUUCGUCCCCCGGCACGACUUCUUCAAGUCGGAGCCUCCCAGGGACGUCGCGCGCUUCAAUGACUUCCAGACGGUGAUGCUGCAUCCGCCGUAUUCUUUCUUAUUGGGGUUCAACAAGGUGGACACCCUCGACGAGGUUCGCAUAGGGGAGGACCACUACGCGCGGAGGCUGGAGGUGGACGGACGCCCCUUCACGUUCACGUUCGGGAUGAGGCGGCAGUACAGCCGCUGGGGGGUGGACUUCCUGCUGGUGGAGAGCGAGCAGGCAAUACCCAGGCUAGCUCAAGCAUGA